GUAGGAGAGGAGGGAGACGCAGAAGCAAGCAAGAUGGCGGCGGCGGCUGCUCAGGGAGGGAGAACUGGUGGUGGCGGAGGCAGUAGUGGGGCUGGUAGUGGUUCCAGCUGUGGGACAGGCAGUAGCCGCAGCGGCUUGCUGGACAAGUGGAAGAUUGAUGAUAAGCCUGUAAAAAUUGACAAAUGGGAUGGAUCAGCUGUGAAAAAUUCUUUGGAUGAUUCUGCCAAAAAGGUACUUCUGGAAAAGUACAAGUAUGUGGAGAAUUUUGGUCUAAUUGACGGUCGCCUCACCAUAUGUACCAUCUCCUGUUUCUUCGCCAUAGUGGCUUUGAUUUGGGAUUAUAUGCACCCCUUUCCAGAGUCCAAACCUGUUUUGGCUUUGUGCGUUAUAUCCUAUUUUGUGAUGAUGGGGAUCCUGACCAUUUAUACCUCAUAUAAGGAGAAGAGCAUCUUUCUCGUGGCCCACAGGAAAGAUCCCACAGGGAUGGAUCCUGAUGAUAUUUGGCAGCUGUCGUCCAGUCUCAAAAGGUUCGAUGACAAAUACACUCUGAAGCUGACCUUCAUCAGUGGAAGAACAAAGCAGCAACGGGAAGCUGAGUUCACCAAGUCCAUUGCUAAGUUUUUUGACCACAGCGGGACCCUGGUCAUGGAUGCAUAUGAGCCUGAGAUAUCCAGGCUUCAUGACAGUCUUGCCACAGAAAGAAAAAUAAAAUAGCCACUUCUAAAAGCAGCCAUCUUUUGGCUGGAUCAUGCUGAAUUGAGGGGUGAGGGAGAAAGAAACAGAGAACUUAAUAUGGAUAAAGUAAGAAAUGUAAAACAUGUCCGUUUUGUCUUGAAAUUUUAGUCCAUUCUGUAUAAAUAGAAUUUUCUAGCUCAGAUAUGAGAAGUUGUAGCUCUGAUAUCUAGCUGUAGCCUCUUUGGUCUGCUGAUUGCAUUGUUUUGAUUUGCUUUUCUGGAAAAGCAUUUUUGCUAAAAACCGUACAGACUUCCUCCUCCAUACCUAGCAGUACUUUAUAUAGUAUAGCUUUGUGCCAUGCAGCAUUUGAAGACUCAGUUUUUUAAAUUGUUAACCUGUUGCUGACUUUAUUGUGUUAAUUCCCAUUUCAACAGCUGUUUCCCUUAAUUCAGGAUACAACUUCUUGUGUAUGACAGUUUUCCUUCACACACCAUUUUUGUGGGUGUGUAUAUAUCUGACUUGGGGAGAAUUGGGGAAAAAAACCCCACAGCUUUUUAAUUUGUUUAAAAGAGACUUUCUGCCUGUUACAUUUUGUGCUCUUAACCAAUUAAAGAAGCCAAUGGCAUUUUUAGUUUUAUUUUGUCUAUGUUUUCCACUAGUAUAUCCCUGUUGAUUUGUUUGUGCCCUUUAUCAACUGCCAUUUUCUAAAAUUUUUUUCAAUAAAAGGAAAGAAGAUGUGAAAAAA